UACAGGUUUUCCUUAACCAUGCCUGACUCUGAACAAUAGAUUUCAUUGGAAGGGGGAAAAUGGCACACAUCUCCAGGGUUCAAGUUCAGCUUUGCAAAGAAGCCCACAAAAUUUACCACCUGGCAAUAGUUUUUUUUUAAUGAACAAACAUCAGUUGUGGCACAUAGAUAGGUCUUAUGUGGAGAGAGAAUGCAUUUUUUUAAAGUAAUAAAAACUUACCUCCUUUAUUACCUAGAGGCAGUCAUUACUUUUUAAAGGCAAUCAGCUUUUUUCCAAGCCCAGCCAGCCCAUAGAAUGUAGCAAAGCGAAUCCCUUUUGUGUGCUAGAAUGAAAAAAAAGAACAGAAUUAAUAAAGCUUCACUGCAUAAUUACCAGGUGACAAUUUUUAUUAACCAUAUACCAACAACUAAAUGAGUCACUCUGUACAAACCUGGAGUUUGGCUCCUAUCUCUGUUGAAGGUUAAGAUCUUAAAACAGUAUUUCUCCCCCUGCAAAUAAUAUUUCAAGGAAGCCAGGAGCCAAACUUUAGCUUCCCAAAGGGAGAAAAGGAACUUUUUAGCCUGCCGCUAUACUAUAAUGUGCAUAGGGUUUCCUCUUUCCUAUGCUGGCUUAUUCUUACUUUGGAGCAACCUAUAGUUAGAGUAGGUAUAAAGGCAAGCUAUCAGAUAACAGGAACCCACUGAGCAUCUAUUUAACUAUAUUGAACUGAACGUGCUGUUGUUAAAAGAGUUGGAUAUACAAAGCACAUAUGACAAUAGACUGCUGGGCAUUAAAAUUGAAAUACAAAAUGCAACAAAAGGUCUCGGAUUCUUUUCUCCUUGGUGCGGAAGACAACAUUUUCUAAGCUAUAAAAAUAAUAAUUGUCAGGAAGUGAAAAACUCACCUAUCACUCUCAACAAAUCCACAGAACAUAAGCUCACAUCUUGCAGUGUGUGGGGGUAUUUUUAAAUAAAAAGUCUCGGGGCACAUUAACUUAUUUAGAUCAAAAUUGAAGUUCAUUCCAUCCUAUAGAGACAUUUAUAAAGCAGCUGUCACCUUGCCAAAACAAAGCACUUCCUUUUCAUAAGGUGAUGGAUACUUUAGAAAUGUCUUUAUAUGAUGGAUAAUGACAGAACCAUUCCUUCAAAUGCACAUCAUGUGUUACUAAUCUGCUGCAGGCAACAAAGCCAAUCUCCAUAACCUUCCCCAUGGUUCUCAUACAAUAGGAGCUAGGAGUUCCCAAUUGUAUUUCAGCAAAUGACAGGACCAUGGAACUCUUGAGAGGUUCAGGAUGUUGUCUCCUUCUUCCUCGUGAAAAUUGUCACAGAAGAUGUAGCUUAGAGCGAUAUAAGGUUGAAGUAACUAUGAUCACAAAAUCAUAAAGUUGGAAGGGACUCUGUGGGUCAUAAUAAUAAUAAAUUUUUAUUUAUACCCCACCCUCCCCAGUCAAAACCGGGCUCAGGGCGGCUAACACCAAUAAAAUUACAAUAAGACGUAAAAGAAAGAAGAACAAUUAAUUAAAAUACGGGUUAAAAUACAGUUUAAAUUUUAAAUUUUAAAAUGCAGCCUCAUUUUAAAGUAGCCCAAAGCAAAACCAUAAGGGAGGAAAACAUAGGGGUCAGCCUGAGUCCAGCCCAAAGGCCAGGCGGAACAGCUCCAUCUUGCAGGCCCUGCGAAAAGAUGUCAAAUCCCGCAGGGCCCUGGUUUCCUGUGAAGAGAGCAUUCCACCAAGUCGGGGCCAGUACUGAAAAGGCCCUGGCCCUGAUUGAGACCAAUCUAACCACCUUAUGGCUCGGGAUCUCCAAAAUGUUGUUAUUUGUGGACCUUAAGGUCCUCCACGGGGCAUACCAGGAGAGGCGGUCCCGUAGGUACGAUGUUCCGACCCCCUUGCAAAUGCAUAGUUGAGGUUUUUCAGCCCAUAAUUAAUUAGACCAGUUUUAGUGCUGAUCCUGGAUGAUGAGGGAGUUCAGAGGUGGAUAAAGAGACUGCAGAGAAGCUUCACGAAUUCUUUGCAUCUGUCAUGUCAGCAGAAAACAGGGCAGAUAAUGCUAUCAACAGCUAGUAGCCGUGAUGGCUUUGUUCAACCUCUACUAAUUCAGAGAGAGUCUUACCUGCAGAUUCUAGGACCUGAGCCUCAGAUAAUCUGCAUGCAGAGCAGAUGCUCUUUCACUGAGCUGUUCCCUUGUUUCUGCUGUGGGACUCAGUAGGUAAUGUUGUGGCAUUCCUGGCUGGGUCCAUUUUAUCCUUACUGUACUCUUAUUCCAAUCUAUAUAUGGAGCCAUGGAAGCUUGCAGAAUCGUGUGUUUUGCAUAUGCCAUCAAUAUGCUGAUUACAUCUUGCUCUAUUUCUUCUUUUCAUCUGAGCUUAUUGCUGGGGUUGGGAUUGGGUUCAAAUGAAGAUGAGUCAACUGAAAUUGAACUUUGUGUGCACUUACACAACCGUAGUGUGAGUGUACAUAGGGGAAAUUCAGUUGUGUCUAAUAUUCAUUGUCUUUGGUACACAUAUAACUAAAGUUAGACAUGUGCCUAAGUGUUUGCAAUGAGGUUUCACAGAUCCUUACAUAGGAUAGGGUAGCAUUUUAUUUGCUAAUACAAAGCACCAAACAUUGUACUCAAUUGCAUUGCAAGUCACUAGUUGGAAACUUCACUUGAGUCGCAAACUCCUAUCAGCAGCUCUUGCAAGUCACUUUGACUUGGACUCUGGCCCCUUCCCCAUUUCGUAAUAGGGAAAUAAUGGUACUAGUCCACUUUGUUGGCCAGCAGCAGGCAUGGAAACGCAAGAGGAUUUUGAAUCUAGAACUAUUCAAUCUGGCCCCUUUCCCCCCUAGAGAACUAAGCUCUGAAUUAAAAACACAAUGCUUAUGCACACAUAUAUCUUUGUCAAGAAACAGGCUGUGGCAGGACUGUAUCACCUAAUUCUCCAAACUGUUAACUUUAUUUAUUUUAAGCAGCACCACACAGGUUAAUGUUAAGUGGUGUGUGAACAGGUGUGGAAUUGGUGGAGAUUUCCUGGUGUCUAGAAAAUGAUCACACAUAGUGUCUCUCUCAACUAGUGAGGCCAAUUCAGGCUGAAAGGUUAGUUGUGCAUUCGCAAGAGCAUCUUAUUCUGUGCAAAAUAAUGCAAUAAUUUCUACAGGAGCCCAUGUGGCUGCUACUUUUAUACUUUUAAAAAUCUCUUAAGUUGGAUGUACUGUACAGAGAAAUGUAGUCGCUGUGAGCCUGUGCCAGCUUUUAAAGUUACACUGGCUUUCCCCUGAAAGCUUACUUUUAGACUUUGAUUUCAGCAUGAACCUGACAUAUGUGGAUUUUUGAGCUUGAUGACUUUUUUUGGUCAGGGGUCAGUCUUCUUAAGUGAUCCAGCAAUCGGCUGGAUAAUAAUAUUAAAGAUUAUUUGAAGAGCCCCCGUGACUUAGAACAAGAAUGUUCUGUUCCGCUGGCAAGAAAUAUGAUAUCUCUUAUUCUUUUUUCUUUAAAAUAAAGAAUAAGAAAGAAUAAGUGUGCCUUCACAUACUCUUAGGGUUUUUGUGUGUUGCAAGCAAGAUACGGUAAAUUAUUUUGCACUUGCUGUUGGAGGCACAACUAAGCCACUUCUGGAACAGACUUGUCUUUUGGCCAACUUUUCCCUCCGCCGUAUAUAACAAAUGCUUCUACCUUAGGGAACAUUUGCAGACAGAGCUGUUGGUCUGGAGAGGUCUAAAGUUGUUGUGCCAGAAUAUUCAGGAGCUUAGGUUAUGUAUAUUUCUCGAGAAGUGAUCACGACAUGGAUACAUAGCAUACCCCAGAUUCCAGAACUCCUAGGCAAGCUAACAGUUGCAAGUGAGCUUUCCUUUUGACAGUGUACGUCACUGAGCACACAUACACGGAGCCUUUUCCUGUGGUCCCAGCAUCUGAAAAUAGCAGAGAAUGCGGUGAAUUUUUUAGCCGUUUCUCCACAGAUAAUAGCUUCAAGAGUCUGGACAGAAUAUAUAGUAUUUUGCCGUGGUUAUUUUGUCAUUAUGAGAUGUUGUCUCUCGGUGCUUCAUUUGUGCAAAUUAAAUUUGAUGACUUGCAGUUCUUUGAAAACUGCGGCGGAGGGAGUUUCGGGAGUGUGUAUCGAGCCCGAUGGGUAUCACAGGACAAGGAGGUGGCUGUGAAGAAGUUGCUUAAAAUAGAGAAAGAGGCAGAAAUCCUCAGCGUGCUCAGCCACAAAAACAUCAUUCAGUUUUAUGGAGCUGUUCUCGAACCCCCCAACUAUGGCAUAGUUACGGAAUACGCUUCUGCUGGAUCACUGUAUGACUACAUAAAUAGCAACAGAAGCGAAGAGAUGGAUAUGGAUCAUAUAAUGACCUGGGCAACUGACAUAGCUAAAGGAAUGCACUAUUUGCAUAUGGAGGCUCCAGUCAAAGUAAUUCACCGAGAUCUGAAGUCCCGAAAUGUGGUCAUAGCUGGUGAUGGAGUAUUAAAGAUAUGCGAUUUUGGUGCUUCAAGAUUCCACUCCCAUACAACACACAUGUCUCUAGUUGGUACCUUUCCUUGGAUGGCUCCAGAAGUUAUCCAGAGUCUGCCGGUAUCAGAAACAUGUGACACGUAUUCAUAUGGUGUGGUUCUCUGGGAGAUGCUAACAAGGGAGGUCCCCUUUAAAGGCUUGGAAGGAUUACAAGUAGCUUGGCUUGUAGUGGAAAAAAACGAGAGACUGACCAUUCCAAGCAGCUGCCCUGGAAGCUUUGCAGAAUUGAUGCUCCAGUGUUGGGAAGCAGAUCCAAGGAAAAGACCGUCUUUCAAGCAGAUCAUUUCAAUCUUGGACUCUAUGUCAAACGAUAGCAACCUCCCAGACCAAUGCAACUCAUUCCUGCAUCACAAGGCAGAGUGGCGAUGUGAAAUAGAGGCAACCUUAGAGAGGCUAAAGAAACUGGAACGUGACCUGAGCUUUAAGGAGCAGGAAUUAAAAGAACGGGAGAGGCGGCUGAAGAUGUGGGAGCAAAAACUAACCGAACAGUCCAACACACCUUUGCUGCCUUCCUUUGAUAUCUGUGCGUGGACUGAAGAAGAUGUGUACUUUUGGAUGCAGCAGCUUGUUACGAAAGGUGACACUUCAGGUGAGAUGAGUAUUUAUGCUACUUUAUUUAAGGAGCAUCACAUCACCGGGAAACGACUACUACUUCUGGAUGAAGAGGACAUGAAGGACAUGGGGAUUGUUUCUAAAGGCCACAUGAUUCAUUUGAAGACUGCCAUUGAGAAAUUGAGUCAGGACCACUUCAAUAUGUUUCAUUUUCCACCUCUGAUUAAGGAUUCUGCAAGUGAAAAUGAGACAAGUGAGGAGAAAGUCGUGAACCUUGAACUCGUUUUUGGCUAUCAUUUAAAGCCUGGAAGUGGCCCUAAGGACUGUAAAUGGAAGAUGUACAUGGAAAUGGAUGGGGAUGAGAUCGCAAUAACUUACAUAAAAGAUGUGACAUUUAACACUAACUUACCUGACACAGAGAUUUUAAAGAUGACAAAGCCACCAUUUGUAAUGGAGAAAUGGAUUGUGGGAAUAGAAGACGAUCAGACUGUGGAAUGUUUAGUUACUUAUGAAAGCGAUGUCAGAACUCCGAAAUCCACCAGACAUAUCCAGCCAGUGGAAUGGAGUAAAGUGAAGCUUCAAGAUGAGGUGAAGUCAAUACAGCUUAAAAUACAGACUUCGCUCCCAAACUCAGAAGGCAACCCUCGGAGCAGAUCCAAUUCCAGUAUUGAUGCCCAAUGGAUGAAUGCGCUGAAACUGCGCCGAGUGACCAGCAGCCCUUCUCUCCAGCGUUCUCGCCCUCACAGCCCUAAUGGUUUUUUGCCGUACCUUCAGAACCAAGGCACCUACGCUGCCGCUGUGAGGCGGACCCAGGUUCCUGUAACCUAUCAGAUCACUUCUCUGAGUCAGUCGAGAGGCUCGUCUCCGACGCCGUAUUUAUCAUCGCUGCAUUUGAACUCAAUGGGAAGCAGCACCUCCAGUGCAGCUUCGGAUAGCCCUUCGGAAAGAGACAGGUCCAAAGCUAAAAGCAGGCACAGCUACCACAGUGGCGACUCUCGUAGUGUGUCAGGAAGCGGGAGGCGCUUUGCAAGGAGUUCAGGAGGUGCUCAGGUGGCUGCUAGGAACCCAGAGAAAUUCCGCAGGCAUUCCCAGCCAACGUACAGUCAACACUCAUCGAGGUCACAUGACAGGAAGUCUCCUCAUUACCCGCAGCAGCCCAAGUUGAUACCAGGGAUGCCCUUGAAAACGGAAAGCAAACCCAAAAUAGAAGAGGAAGAGGGAAGCAAAGUUGGUGAAGGUGGAUGGACAAAAGUUGAUUAUUCGAAAAAGUCUCAUCGGCAUAUUGUUGGCAAACAAAGAGAAGAGAAGUCAAAAGGAACUGGAACCGGCCAGAAGAAAGUCCAUUGAUGUUUUUUGAGAAAUAGGUUUUAUUUUAUUCGUUUGGACAUUUGGUUUCUACAGAGAAAAGUGGGGUGUGUGUGUUUUUAAAGAUUCACCUGACAAUGAAUGUGAGACUAGCACUAUUGAACAUGAAUACACUACCUCUCGUAGAGAUCAAAUGGGGUUUCUACUCACCGCAGCCUGGUGAAUAUGAUGCUAUUGUCUGCAUGGUGAAUAUUCACAUGCUGCAAGUUCUCUUUGCUUCCAGUUGGGGGCUCAUGAUUUUAACUUAAUACUCCCACAAGUGUUAAAUUAAGUAAUCACCAUAGUUUCAGUCUGAUCCUGUGGGGAUAGGUCUACAAAACACAACUGCCUUCCACCUGUAACAAUGGCUGAAAAAAAUGUGACUGGGAAGGUUAUCCUUUCCUUACUUAUGCAGCUCUCAUUACAAUAUCCUGUCCUGUUGAGUUUGUUUCUCCCGAUCUGCUCCCUGCACCCUACCCAGGCACCCCUGGGCUCCUCUCUGGUGAUGGGGGAACCCCAGUCCUCCAUUUAAAGAUGCAGUCCCCACAUAUUUCCUUUGGACUAAUUCUUACGAUCAUGAAAUAAUUUAGUACUGUAUAUUCUGCAGAGAAGAGCAAAAAAAAGAGGAAAAAAUAGCCUUGAUCGCUUUUAUUUUUUUAUUUUUUUGGUGUGACUUAUUUAUUAACAUAUGGCAAAUAUUUUUUAUUAAUUGCAUUUUAAUUGUACCCAGCCUUGUAAACUACUGUUAAUACAUGCUGUAACUCUACUGAGGUACCUUUGGGGAGGGGUUUGUCUUCUAAGGCUGUGGCCCUGAACACAAAAGUAAGUCCCACUGCAUUAAAUGUUACUUUUGUCUGAGUAAACAUGCUUUGGCUUGGACAAUGUUUCUUGUUGGCUUUGGCAAUGACAUUUCAAACUCUGUAUAAACAGAAAACAAAGCUUAGCAUAUUCAACCGCAUCGGUCCGUUAUGAAAAGGAAAUGGCUUGAGGGUUUGUUUUCAAAUCUUUUGAUUUUGACGUGGUAUGUAUAUGUGGAGCAGUUACUCCUUAUUACCCAGAUCUGUUCCCCCCCUCCUUGCAAUACACUAGAAGAUUUUUAAAAGAAUACAAAACCUUCCUAGCUCUCAGUAAGAUAGUGUGCCCUACUGGCCAUAAAUGCAACCCAGAAUCAGAAGAGGGGAAAACACAGAGCCCACGUUUUCAGAAAUGACUUGCUUCCAUUUAUUCAAGAAUUCUCAAUCACACAGCACAGAUUCACACAUGUAUAACUAUUUUAAGUAUUUAUUUUGUAUGAUUCUUAACAUCCUUUAGUCUGCAGAGGUCUCUGAACUAUCUGCAUAAAACUAUCCCACGUCAAACGGCAGUACAUAAAUGUUGCAUAGAUGAUAUAGUUUUACAUUAAGUGUCAUCAGAUUACUAAAACAGAGCUCCAUCCUUCUAAAGUUUUGUCUUUAGGGUUUUGUCUUCCUGGCUGGAAUGGAAACGGCCUCUACUUCUGGGUCACCUCAGCCCCACAGCGGUUCUCUCAGAUUGGCAGUAAUCAACUAAAAACUUGCAGCCCUUUAUAAGAUAGAAAAUGUCAGCAGAACAAGGAAUUUGCAGCGCUGUGGAAAUCUGUAAGUUGCUUUAAAACUUUAAGGGAAACCUCUGUUCUGACCUUGUCCUUAAGGGUUUAGGGCUUUACAAAUAGGAGACAACUUUUCUGAGCUAAUGAGCUAAGUGCCUGCAGUGGGCCUGCUCCCUGCUUCUCCCACUGAGCAUGCACAGCCUUGUUAAGGCAAUGUAUGGCAAUGGGUUGCACAUACUCUGCAGGGGUUGCCAAAGAUAGCUGCUUUCUGUCACAGAUGGCUGCUACUUAGAGGGCAAGGCGAAAAGCAAAGGUUUAGCCAACACUUCAAGCCACUAACCUACCUUUUGGGAUUGUUACAGGAGAGGGGCGGACUUUGGGAUUCUGCAUGGUCAGCAUCCCAUGAAAGCAGCUUUAUCAUGUGGCUAAACUUUUAUUUGAAAAGUUAGGGAAAUGGAGGCCUAGAGGCUGCGUACACACGGCAUUUUGUUCUACCCUCAGUGCGAGUACAGUGGUACCUUGGUUCUUGAACUUAAUCCGUUUCUGGAAGUCCGUUCAACUCCUGAAACAGCUCAAAAACCAAGGCACGGCUUCUGCUUGGCUGCAGGAACUUCUUGCACUCAAUUGGAACUCGUGGGAGUUGCGUCGGACGUUCGGUUUCUGAAAAACGUUCGCAAACCAGAACACUUAUUCUGGGUUUGUGGUGUUCAGGAGCCGAUUUGUUUGGGAGCCAAGCCGUGGUACCACUGUCCUUGUUUUUCCAAUGUAGCCCCCACGCUCUAAACCCGUUGUUUAUUUUUUUGCCCCUGAAAAGUGCUUCUUGAGGAACUUGUUCUUCCAAAAAUAAAAGCUCGUUGCUGAUGGAUUCUGUGUUGGCUCACAGUGAAAGCCAAUGGAGUGGCUGUACCUACAUCCGCCCAAUGACAAUGCAGAUGGUUUAUACCAGGAUCGUAAUCACUUCCUUCUUCAUUCACCUGGGGCAGGUGAAGGGAGGGAAAGGUGUGGAUUACCUAACCAAGGGGAGAGUUUUCAAAUAUGUAUGAUGGGUUCUAAAACCAAUCUAGAUUGGAAGCAGUGUGUUGGGAAUGAGCACAAAUGCUUAUGGAUUGAGGAAAGCUACAUUUUUGUGUGCUACAAAUCAGCUAGUGUGUACCCAGUGCUAGCCUAUACAUGAAGCAAAAUAAGAGAAGAAUCCCAAAUUGGUAGAGUGAACUAUGCCAUUUCAAAUUAUUUUUAUUAUUUUUCCAAAUUAUUACAAAUCAAACAAAAUUAAUUUAAUUUAAUACAACUUCUUAAAAUCAGGUUUCCUGCUCCGGUUCCAAGCAUACAGUCAUCAUCAUUUCCCCACAUACUGUAACCGCAUCAUUUCUUAUUUAGAGUCCAGUUGGCAUCCUUCGUUAGACCAUUCUUCCAGCUAGCCACUUUUCCCACCUUACAAACAGCUGAACUAUGUCAUUUCAAACUACCUAAGGGGAUACAAGUUUUGAAUGUUUUCCCCACAUUUAAAAUAAAAAUGUGUAAGGCUUAGUGCGGGGGACGUUGACCCAAAACAUUCUAGCUCAGCUCUUUCGCUUCACAUUUUUCAGAUUAUGAAUGCCGUUUAUGUAUUCUGAAGCGCUACAGACAAAUCUGCCAGCCCAUUCUACUGUCGCGACCGGAAAUUCAUUUUCCACUGUUAAAACAUUCUUGAAAGCAGGGUUGUUCUCUCUGGACUUGCUGGGGCAGGGCUGGUGGAAGGAACAGCUGUAUACCAGAGGUAUCCAUGUCCUUCGUCACCCCAUUAGAAGAGGCCAGGCUAAUACACUUAAUUCUUCUGGGUUCGCUGCUCUUCCUCUCAGACCUCUCUCUCCUUGGAACCUGCCAAGCCAAGUUAACAGGUGCCAUGAAAAAUAGGUUCCUAGGAGUUCCAUAUACAAUUGCAUCAAAACAUGUAUAAUUAUGAAUGUUUUGCAUAUUUUGAUACUGAAUCUGUGAG